AUGGAGCAUGCUCUUCGUGAUUGCCCGUGGGUUACUUUCAUGUGGGAAAUCUCGCCAAUCCGGCUUCGUCCCAUGAACGCGACUACAGUUUGGAAUAUUGAAGAAUGGUUCGAACAGGUGAGGCUGAAUCCCAGCAAGGAGGUCCACUCCGCUUUUGCCACCAUUGCUUGGGCCUCUUGGUAUGCUCGAAAUUUGUUGCUCUUUCAAAACAAGAGACUCACUCACAUUGAAUGUCUCAUGGUGGCUCAGGGUGCCUCUUGGAAAAGACCGACUUGCUUCUCGCUGAUCAGCUCUAAACCCAGGAGUGUUUCGUGUGUCCGAGAAACACAGGUCAAGAUCAAAUGCGACGCUGCUAUUGGAGAGGGAGUGGGAAUGGGUUUUGCAGCUGUCAUGCUAGAUGCGGAGGAUGUUCUGUUGGGUGUUAGGUGGGGUUUUAUCCAGGGGGUGUUCACGGCUGAGGAGGGAGAAGCUAGGGCCAUUCUUGAAGGUUGUAUCUUCUGCGAAGAGAAGGGAUGUAGAGACGUCAUCCUUGAAACGGACUGUCAAACUCUUUAUUGGAGAUUGCUCAAAAGGGAGGAGGACUUAUCUUUCAUCGGGGACACACUCAAGGACAUUUUUUCACGAGCUGACAGUAUGCACCAAGUCAAGUGGAGUUGGACGCCGAGAGAAAACUCUGUCGAAGCUGAUCGUUUGGCAAAAUAUGCUUUAGUUUCUCGCUCUGUUUUUUCUUCUUCUGUUUUGUUUCCUUUUGUCUCAAACUCUACUGCGUUUUAG